UGUCACACCCACCCACACACACACACACACACACACACACACACAAACACUUGUUCCAUUGCUGUUGUUCAGAAAUACACUCGUCUGAGUCGAUGACCUUUGACCUCCAGGUGAACAAGGAGCCCAAAAUGGUGGCAGUAAAUGAGGUGCCAAUGUUGGUGGUGCUGACCAGUGUGUGUACUCUGUGUGUUCUCAUCGUCUCCACACUCUGGACAUGUUUGAAGAUCGUAAGUGCCGUGAGAACGGAAACACAGGAGACGUACACGCUGUACCCAGAACAAGAAGAGAUAACGGAUGAGCUGAAGCAGAAAAUAAGUGAAGAGGAUGAGGAGGAGGAGGAGGAGGAGGAGGAAGAAAAGGAGGAGGAGGAGGAGGAAGACAACAGCUGACACCUCAACUGUGUUAUUAUUAUUAUUAUUAUUAUUAUUAUUAUUAUUAUUAUUAUUAUUACUAUUAUUAAUAAUAAUAAUAAUAAAAAAUUACGGUAACAUCUGAAAACACAAGCUGCAUUUUGGUGAUUUGAGGCUGUAAGUGAAGCUACGAACAGUUAAUGUUAUUGGAGACAAGACACAGGGCUCUGAACAGAAAGAAAGAAAGAAAGAUAGAUAGAUAGAUAGAGAGAGAGAGAGAGAGAGAGAGAGAGAGAGAUCUUUAAAAAGACUUUCUGUUUCUUACUCUCAAUAGGUUACCAUGAUGACCACUGCAGGGUUAAGUUCCUCUUUUAAUUGAAAAAUAAAAAUAAAAAUGUAAAUUUAUUAAAGAUUUAUUGAUA